AUGAUCUGCCCUGGCAAAGAAGGAAAAGCCAAAAAAGUAGUUGACAAUGAGUUCUGGGCUGGAGGCAUGGAGUUGCACUUAGGUGAAUGUGUCCCUGGUAGGAAGAUUUCUAUAUGCAUUGGAAUCCUGGGAAAUUCCUUCCUCCUUUGUCUUUAUAACUUUAUUCUGCUCACUGGACACCAAGUGAGACCCACAGACUUGAUUCUCAACCAGCUGGUCUUCGCCAACUCCUUGGUGCUCUUCUCCAAAGGGAUCCCCCAGACAAUGGCAUCUUUUGGACAGAAAUAUUUCCUGGAUGAUGCUGCCUGUAAAGUUGUCUUUUAUCUUCACAGAGUGGGCAGGGGGGUUUCCCUCAGCACCACCUGCCUCCUGAGUGUCUUCCAGACUGUUAAGCUUUCUUCCAAUUAUUAUGCAAGGUUGGAGAUCAGAAUGAGAUCCCCAAAGUGCAUUGGUUUCUGUUGUUUCCUUAUAUGGAUCCUGCAUCUUCCAUUAAACACAGUAGUUCCUUUGAAUGUGACUCAGUCACUAAAUGGCAAAAAUAUAAGUUUGAUGAGCAGAAAUUUUGGCUACUGCUCUGCCUCCAUUUCUGAUAAAUUUAUAGGUGGACUAUAUUCACUCAUAUUCUCUUUCUUUGAUGCAAUAAGUUUGGGCCUCAUGGCCUGGGCUAGUGGCUCCAUGGUCUUUAUCCUACAAAGGCAUAAGCAGCGAGUCCAAUACAUCCACAGCAGCAGCCUCUCCAAGCCCCGACGUUCCCACGAAGCCAGAGCCACAAGCACCAUCCUGAUCCUGGUGAGCUCCUUUAUUUUAUUUUACUCAGUCUCUUCCAUUUUGACUGUCUGUCUUUCUUUGAUGGAUCAUGGCCAGUGGCUGGUGCUCACCUCUUUGCUUGUGACUUCAUGUUUUCCAACAUUCAAAUGGAGAAGGGACUGUGAGAUAGAGGCAGGAGGUGGAAGGAAGAUCGAGGUGGAGGCUACUACCAUAGGUCAGGGCACUGUGACCUUUGAAGACAUGGAUGUGUACCUCUUGUGGGAGGAGUGGAGUCUCCUUGAUGAGCCUCAGACACCUGUACCACAGUCUGAUGCUGGAGAACUUGGCCCUUAUUUCCUCCCCG